AUGGCAAGAAUUUAUAAUAUCAAUAUCCAAUCACUUGUGCUUGUAUUUGCACCAACUGGAGUUGUAGCAUUCAACAUUUAUAGAACAACAAUCCAUUCAGCACUCUCAAUUCCAAUAGGAAGUACUAAUUUAGAUAUAGACAGUAAACAAUUGAAACAACUACAGAAAAGACUAAAUAGAGAUUCAGAAGAGCAACAUAAUUUCAGAGAUAUUCUAUUGCAACUACAUAAUAAACAAGAUUAUUUCUUAGAUGCCAUAUAUAUUUUUCUCCAAAAAAUCAAUGUUAAUGAAUUUAACAUUAACAAACUCAAAUCUUUGAACUGCCCUAUUGCUAGAAUUAAUGCCAUUCACACAGAUGGCAAUGAAGCAUGUAAAGCUGAUUAUAAUACAGCAAAAGGCCUUGAGACACAAUUAUUUUUAGCAAGGAGUGCACAUGUUAUGCUUAGGACUAACUUAUAA